UGAUAUGAUCGAUCAGGCACAGACCCGCGCUUGCUCGCUUUAUAAGCCAUCGCAAUCCAGCUCGCUCUCAGAUGCUGGUCCACUCUCUCCGAUCACUCACCGACCAGUGAUCACUACUAGCUCACAAAGCCAACAAGCAAAUCUUCGCAUGGUGGCGACGAUGAGCCAGGUGAUGGCGCUGCUCUCCUCGGCUCUCUCGGGCACCGGCGUCGCGGUCGCUGUUGCUGCUUCGGCCGACGAAGGCGACCGGUGGCGCCGCUGCGGGCACGACCACGCGGCCGCGGGAUACUGCUGCGUGUGCAUAUCCACGUGCCGCGACGGGGAGGAGAUGCGGAGGCUGCCGUGCGGGCACGCGUUCCACCGGGACUGCGUCGACCGGUGGCUGGCGCGGUGCCGGCGGACGUGCCCGCUCUGCCGCCUGCACGUCGGCGGCGUGUGGUUGAUGGAGGAGCAGCACCAGCUCAGCGAGGACCUCGUCAUCUGGUUCUCUUCCCUCUUCGUCGCCGGCUUGUAGGAUAUCGGUUGUAGGUUGCAAACAUGCAAUGCAGCUGCCUAUGCCUGCACGCCUACAAAUAUACGUGCACGGCGACGACAGCGUAGAAUUCUUUGCUUUCC